GGUUGCGGGCAGGUUCUUCCCCUUUGACCCCUUGUCGCCCUCGGGGAUCGCCACGCCGGCCGGAGAUCGGAGGUGGGCAGCGGGCAGAGGAGGACGGGGGAGGGGGACCGGCGCGGAGGAGCCGAGAAUGAUCAUAAAAGAUGCUAAGAAGUACAGUUCUGAGGAAACCGGGCAGAAAAAGAACAAACCGAAAAGGGCUACCAGGAAACCACUCGUUAUAAUAGAGGAUGAUGAUGAAACUCAGAUCAGCCUACCCUCAAGGGCCAAGGGGGGAAAAAAGAAACGCUCAGCGGAAGGGAACAAUCCAAAGGAAAGAAAGAAGAAAAACUGGAAAUCUACAUUAGAGAACGCCGCAAGCAUAGACCUUCCUAUUGUCACACAAAGCUGUUCAGAUUCCAAAUCUAUAAAUGAAGCAGAGAAACUACCUAAGGCUUUAAAGAAAAAGAGAAAACGACAUUCUUGCAGGCAAGACGGCAAUCCUGAACUUCUAAGCCAGGGCCAAACAACAGAAUGUCAGGAAGCCAAUCUCCUUGUCGGUAAGAAACGCAGGAGGAAUGUCGCCGACACCUGUGUUGAAUUCACUGCCAGCCCCACAAAGAGAAAAAAGAAGAAGAAAUGCAAGCUUGCUGGCUCCGUGAGUCCAUCCCAUGGUGAAGAUGAUUAUUCCAGAAAUUACUUGUCCCCCACAAUGGAAACAGUUUCUCGUGAAAGGAUGCUGUCAGAUAGAAAACAGACUCUUAUCCAGACUGCUGGAAGCAAGGGGAAAAGCAGACCUAUGUGCUGUUUAGCAUCCACGGACAGCCAUGGACCCAGAAACGGGGUUUUGAAGAGAGUCGCUGCCGACCCUGUCCAAGAAGAAAACAGCUGCAAGCGAGACCACAAAGACACGGCCCACAUAUUGAAAAAGAAAAGGCAAGCGACAGAGCAGAAGAAAAAGAGGAAGAAGAGACCGAAGGAGAAGGAAGUUGAUUCCAUCUUGACAUCCGUAGGUGACCAAGAAAACCACCCUGCUAAACCUCUUCGGAAGACCAAAUCUGAAGGUGGAAAACAGGAGGAAACGGGUCUGAUCCAGAACUCUGAAGGAGACAGGAAAAGCCUCAAGAAGAAGAAAAUCUACCCCAAAGUUACAGACCAUCACCCACCUCUUGCGGAGGACAAUGAAGAUGCUUGUGACAGGGAGGAAAAAGCAGCAGCAAAAAGAGCCAAAAAGAAAGCCAAGAAAUCCAAGAAGGAGCAAGACCAAGAAGUGGAAUUAAAGAAUGGUCACCUCAGGGAGAGGAAGGAGAAGCAGCGUGACGCCACAAAGAGGAAGAGUGGACGAUCUGAGGGGCCUGAGGAAACGCCCAGUUCAAAGCAAGCAAAGGUCAAGAAAGAGGUACAGGAAACGGAAGAUGAAAUCCAAGUUGUAGCAGUUAAGAAAGGAAACUGCGAUGAAGUAAGAAUAGAUAAGUUGAGACGGCGGGCUCUCCAAGAGGAGAUCGACCGGGAAUCUAGCAAAACGGAGACCAUCAAGGAAGAGGACGAUUCGGACCACUGCUUCGGCCAGUGGAGCACGGCAACCUUUGACAGCGCUGAGCAAAAAUCCAAGUUUCUCAAACUGCUGGGUGGUUUUAAGGAAGGUGCUGCUCCGACCCGGGAGUGGCCAUCCAAAGCGAGGCAACGCAACAUGGCUCUGGACAGACACGGGGAAGAGAAACUGCAGCAGGGCCUGCAGGCUGAAUUUGAAAAGGCUAUGGAUUGGAAGCAGAGGCGAGGCACUGGGCUUGGGUUCCAGCCGGCUCCUCAGAAACGGGUGUGCAUCGACAAAUAUGCUUCUAAAUCUAUAAAAUUUGAGAACUAAGCUGUGGGUGUCAGGGGAAAAUGGACUGGGUUUUGUACGCGGUGAUUUUAGACGGUGCAGGGGAAGAUGUGUUAAUUUGCAAAAGGCGUCAGAAAUUCAGCUGACCUCAGGUUAACGUGCCUUAACACCCAAUUCAUUAAAACCUCUAACUCUCUGAUCUUGCAUUAUGCACGGACAGAGAACAAGUAUCUUCCUCCACGAGCGUCUUGCUCCCCUUUUGGGAGCACAACUUUGUGACCGUUUGUCUUGCUGCAUUUUGGAAAGGUGCUAGGAGUGAAACUAGGGAGUCACUUCAUGCUUUCACUGAAGGUGGAAAAUGGUCAUGAAAUUCUUGGGACCACUCAGGGCUUUUCUGCUGAGAUCCAAACAACUUGAUGAUUUCAGUCUCCCGAGCUCAUUACUUUAAAUGUACGGUUGUUUUCAUUGCUAUUAAAAUGAUGUCCCUUUCA